UUUUCUUUUUUAUUUAUUAAAAUAUAUAGCAGCAUAAACGUCUGUCCUUUCCAUCUCUCUCUCUCUCUCUCUCUCUCUGAGUUUCCACUGUUUUUCCUCUACUGCUUUGACAAUCAGCUAUAUAGUUUUCCAAUUUGGAGCUGGAAGAUAAUGAACCUUGUUUGCAUCUAAAAGUUGGAAUCUAGUUUUUUUGUUUUACUUCUUUUUUUUUUUUUUAAAAUUUUUAAAUUACAAAUUCUUAGGCAUGGACUGGAUGGCAAACAUAUAUGAGAAGAUUGAAGCUACGUUUUUGGAGUUGGAAGAGGUCAUAGAGAAGGAAAUAUAUGAAUUGUCUCAUCGCCAGUUGGAAACAAACAUUAUGAAGGAUGUAGUAAAGGCAGUGGAAAAUCCUGUCUCAUCUCUUGUACCAGACACUAAUGAUGUAAAGUCAAAAGGAAUUCUGCUCCUGUUAUCCUCCACGGAAUCUCUUAAGGGCAUUCCUUCUGGAUCUCCAGAGGAAACUGUUGAUAUUACAGAACCCAAAUGCCUGUUUCUGUCCGGUGAAGUCUUCCCUGAAGAAAGCAAUACAAGCAAUCUAUUGUUCAUUGAGCCCAAACAUAUGGAUCUUGAAACAGAAUUGGGUAGCGGAGUUAAGAUGCUUCAGUCUUCUCCUGAGGAAUGUGUUAAGGGCAUUUUUUCAGAGGAAACCAGCAAUAUUGUUAAAGCAAAACGUCCACUUGAGUCGGAUGUAAUAUCCCAUAAAGGAAAAGAUACAAGCAAUGAAUGCCAUCAUGUGAAUCUUGAAACAGAAUCGGAUAACCGAGGAAAGACAUUCAAGUUAUCUUCUGUGGAAUCUGUUAAUGGAAUUCAUUUAGAGGAACCUGAUGAUAUUGUAAAGUCACAAUGUCUACUUAAGUCUGAUGUAGUCUUCCCUGAAGAAAAAGAUGCAAGCAAGGAACCAUUAUUCAAUGAAACCCACCUUGUUGAUCUCGUAACAGAAUUGAACAUUGAAUCUGAGUCCUCUGAGAUGUUACCCCCAGCCUCAGAUGGUAGAGUGUAUCGUGCUUUCGUGAAAACAGGGGAAAACAAUAGUGACCUUGUAGAAGCCUUUGUUCAUGUUCCAGAAAGUUCCGAUGGUUGUAUAUUAGAAGAGGGCGGUGAUAAUGACAUCAACCAAGAAGUCUUCCUAGUUGUUAAAUCUGCUGAUGAUUUGAAGCUUGAUGGAAGUUGUAUUCUUGUAGAUAGUAGUAAGGUUGACUCAAGCGCUUAUGAAGCAGAGAAACCUUGGUCUUACAAGAAGAAGAUUCGGUAUGUUGCUUCAAAAUUGAGGUUGGCAAAGAAGCAGGACUGUUGUUCCCAAGCUAAACAGCGUGGGGACAUCAAUGGAGCAAUGGAUCAUCAACAAGGACAUGAAAAUUCUAAGUUGUGUCAAUAUGAAUGGGAGAUAAUUUAGAUAAAGCUUGUGGCUGAAAGGAAGAAAGUUUAGAGGUUCAGGGAUAAUGAGUUGCUUUUAUAAUGGUUAUAACUUAGAAAUCUAUUCUUGCGUUGGAAUAUAAUUUUGUUUUUUUUUUCUUAGAUUUUUUGUCUUAAACUUUAAAAUCAAUAGUAAAUUUAUAUAUUACAUA